CGCAGGCUUCUAGUCCCGGCCGCUGUGUCAAUCGCCCCGGGGCUCGGACCUGGGCUGCCCGGCGUGGGGUGGGUGAGGACACGGGUGCUGGGCUCGCGCGGGGCCUCCGGCGUCGCGAUGAACAUCGUGGUGGAGUUCUUCGUGGUCGCUUUCAAAGUGCUCUGGGCGUUCGUGCUGGCCGCGGCGCGCUGGCUGGUGCGGCCCAAGGAGAAGAGCGUGGCCGGCCAGGUGUGCCUCAUCACGGGCGCCGGCAGCGGCCUGGGCCGCCUCUUCGCGCUGGAGUUCGCCCGGCGCCGGGCGCUGCUGGUACUCUGGGACAUCAACACGCAAAGCAACGAGGAGACGGCGGGCAUGGUGCGCCACAUCUACCGCGACCUGGAGGCGGCCGAUGCCGCCGCGCUGCAAGCUGGGAAUGGCGAGGAAGAAAUUCUGCCCAACUAUAACUUGCAGGUUUUUACCUACACCUGUGAUGUGGGGAAGAGAGAGAAUGUCUACCUGACAGCUGAAAGGGUCCGCAAGGAAGUUGGCGAGGUCUCAGUCCUGGUCAAUAAUGCUGGCGUGGUCUCUGGACAUCACCUUCUAGAAUGUCCUGAUGAGCUCAUUGAGAGAACCAUGAUGGUCAAUUGCCAUGCACACUUCUGGACAACUAAGGCCUUUCUUCCUACAAUGCUGGAGAUUAAUCAUGGUCAUAUUGUGACAGUUGCGAGUUCCUUGGGAUUGUUCAGUACUGCUGGAGUCGAGGAUUACUGUGCCAGUAAAUUUGGAGUUGUGGGUUUUCAUGAGUCCCUGAGCCAUGAGCUAAAGGCUGCUGAAAAGGAUGGAAUUAAAACAACUUUGGUUUGCCCUUACCUUGUAGACACUGGCAUGUUCAGAGGCUGCCGAAUCAGGAAAGAAAUUGAGCCCUUUUUGCCCCCUCUGAAGCCCGAUUACUGUGUGAAGCAGGCCAUGAAGGCCAUCCUCACAGACCAGCCCAUGAUCUGCACUCCCCGCCUCAUGUACAUCGUGACCUUCAUGAAGAGCAUCCUUCCUUUUGAAGCAGUUGUGUGCAUGUAUCGGUUCCUGGGAGCGGACAAGUGUAUGUACCCCUUUAUUGCUCAAAGAAAGCAAGCCACAAACAAUAAUGAAGCAAAAAAUGGAAUCUAAAGAUUUUUUUGUAUGGAAUAUCAUUUCUAUCAGAAGAUAAUCAAGAUAUUUCAGUGCAGUGCACAUCAGCAUUACUGACAUUCUGGAUUCUAACCCCAUGUUGACUUUUUUAAAAUCAACUUUUAAAAAUAAUAAAGUGUAAAUUAACUGACUAGAAUACUUGGGAUAUGUGAUCAGUAAAAAUGAGUGUAGGUUACUGCCAACAGGGUCCUUUUAGACAGGACCCUAAAACCAGUCCAAUCUUUAGACAAGCACUGUAUGACAUCUUUGGGCUAUCAUUUUUUAAUGAAGAGAAAGUCUAGAAAUGAUAACUACAUGUGUUUCAUGUGUAUGAUUUUUCUGAAUUCCCAUAUUCAUUCUUGUUAUUAAACUCUAGCCAACUGACAUCCUUGCAACUUCAAGGACUAAUAGUGCUAUAUUUUCUCAAGUUUUCUAAGUUCCAGUUUUGCAAAGCCUAUGUGGCUUUUUCAUGGUGUUUGUAUGUUCAGCUCUUUUAAAAAGGAAUUUUGAAAUCUCCAUCAGUUUGAGGUAAAUGAUGUCUGAGCAUCACAAUAAAGGUGAUGAGGUCUCUUUCUUAAACUUAUGACUAAAGUAUUAGCUGAUUUUUAAACUUCUCUGAAAAACCAUUGUCUGGAGACCUUGUCAUCAAAAAAGAUCAUCCAUUUUUCUACGUAUGAAUUUUGCUGCAUAUAGAAAGUGCCCUUUCCUUGGGGAGUUGCUGUGUUGCAUGAUUUUGGAUGGACUCUUAUCUAGAGUACACAGCAGCUCUGCAAAGAAGCAGUUUCUAACAAUGGAAUUUCUACACUAAAAAGUCCUCAUUUUGUGCCGUGAUUAGUGAGGGGAAAAAAAUCUUCUUCUAUGGAGUAUGUAUGGAAAGGUGUAAAAAUUUCUUUGAAAGGUUUAUUCACAUUAUAGAACAGCAAAUGACAUUUUUACAGUAUUUUUUUGUAAAGCAAACUAUUUGUGCCUUGAAUUUGGAAUAUGUGUAUUAGUGAAACAUUGUAAAGUGAACUUCUACCUCUGUAUCUAAAUGUAUACCAUCUACUUGUAAAUUACUAUGAACUAUUAUGUGAUUGCCUUUUUUUUUUUUUUUUUUAGAAUGUCUUGUUUAAAUAGUGACCAAUGUUAAAGGCUAUUAAAAUAAGCCAACUUUUACUAAUUGGGAAGUUUUUAUAAAGGACUGAUUAAAUUUAAAGAAUUAACUUA